CUUUAAAUUCCCAGAUUAUGCUAUCUUUGUUUAUCUGAAUCAAAAUUUUCUUGAGCUUGCAAGAAUGGCUGCAGCAACUGCUACUACAAGUGCAUCACUUUUCAAUUCUUCUAAGCAAAUUGCAUCCACUUCUGGUGGUGUUCCUUCAAGAUCACAUGCUGUUAGAUUCUUCGGUGCUCCUGUGCGAAUCAGUGAUCCGAUCAAGAGAAAGUCGAGCAAGAUCAGUGGGAAAGUCACUGCUGCAGCUUUGGUUGCAGCACCUCCCGCUGAGGAAAUUAAAGAAUAUGUGCUUCCUUCGUGGGCUGAAUUCGAUCUUGGAAGAUCUCCCGUGUACUGGAAAACUAUGAACGGCUUGCCUCCUACUGCAGGGGAGAGGCUGAAGCUUUUCUACAAUCCAGCUGCAGCAAAUCUUGUUCCUAAUGAAGCCUAUGGAGUUGCUUUCAAUGGAGGGUUCAACCAGCCUAUUAUGUGUGGUGGGGAGCCAAGGGCAAUGCUGAAGAAAGUUAGGGGAAAAGCCGACCCACCUUACUACACGAUCCAAAUAUGCAUCCCAAAGCACGCAUCGAGUUUGAUAUUCUCGUUCACAAAUGGAGUGGAGUGGGACGGCCCCUACAGGCUGCAGUUCCAAGUGCCCAAGGCGUGGAGGAACAAACCAACGGAGUUCUUCACUGAGGGCCUUGCUGAGGAGUUGAGUAGAGAAGGUGCAUGUGAAGAGGCUAUAUUUCCAGAUACUAAUGUGGUGGUGACAAGCUGUGCCAUGGUUGGAAACUUAUCAGUCGAAGGCGGGGAUAGGUGCAAUCUUGAUUUGGUGCCUGGGUGUAUGGAUCCAGGGUCACCUAUGUUUGAUCCACUGGCUAAUGUGGAUGAUGGUUCUUGCCCUCCUUACUCUGAUUCUGAGGAUUCAUAGACAUCUUUGUUCCCAUUUGUUUCCACUCAUGAUCAAUGUUGAGACACAAGUAUCAAAUUCAUGUUUUAGUCUGUAUAUAUAUAUGUAUAAUCUCACAUUCCCACCAUGUAAUAGUAGUCACUUUCAUUUGAAAUAUACACAUAUUCAUAGCUA